AUGUCCAAAUCAGAGAACAAUCCGCCGGUAACGCAGACAGUGGACGAUGAUGAACCUGAUGAAUGGUAUGAACCCUCUCUUCUCCGUCUCCUGGGGCCAGGGAACAAGGUCUCCGCUUUGGACUGGUCGGCUAACGCUCCAAUCCAAUUCUGUAGGGACAAGCGGAUCUUCAGCACCGGAUGCGCAGGUAAGACGGCGACCCUUUUUAAAGACGGCAAGGGGUGA